AAAAAAAUUGGAAAGUACGGAACUGUCUGCAAAUGCGCUUUACUUUCGUUUUCGCUUUUUAUGCUGAGUAACUGGACGACAUGGCUUCUGUUGGUAUCGGACUAGAGUCGAAGAAACAGGUGGACGACUUCUGCCUGAAGCUCACCAAGGAGGCAGAAGAUCUGGUUUCAAAAUUCUUCCCACAGAAGAUUGAAGAGCUGCAGAUGCUGCUUAAGACAUCUUUCAGCUGCGAUGACCUCGCCUCUUUGAAGGCUCCACUUGAUAUUCCCAUUCCAGACCCAGCUAAAGAGGAGGCCAAGCGCAAGAAGAAAGAGGAGAAGGAGGCAAAGGAAGGGAAGAAAGACAAGGACAAAGACGGCGAUAAAGAGGACGAAGAUUCAGGGCCUCCUUGUGGUCCCAUCUGCAGCAAUGAGCGAGUGGAGAGUCUCCUGCAUGAGGUCAAGCCUCAGAUCCAGACUCUGAAGGAGAAGCUCAACACGGUGUCAAUGUGGGUACAACUCCAGAUCCCUAAAAUUGAAGAUGGUAACAACUUUGGAGUGGCUGUUCAGGAGAAAGUGUUCGAGCUGCUGACCAACACGCGCACCAAGAUCGAGGGAUUCCAGACUCAGAUUUCUAAAUACUACAGUGAGAGAGGUGAUGCUGUGGCCAAAGCUGCCAAACAAUCCCAUGUGGGAGACUACAGACAGCUGGUUCACGAGCUGGACCAGUAUCAGUACUGGGAGCUCCGCCUUGUGGUCCUGGACAUCCGCAACACAUAUGCUGUGCUGUUUGACAUCAUUAACAAGAACUACAACAAGAUUAAGAAGCCCAGAGGAGACGGCAAGGCUCUCAUCUACUGAGACUGAAAGCCAGCACACCCAGGCUUUCUUCUAACAAGACACAGCUAGUUUAGUAUGACACGCUUAUGAAGUUACAAUACACCAACUUGAAAUAAAAACCUUCAAUUUCA